AUACAGAGUGAGCAGGAGAGAGAGAGAGAGUUGAAAAGCAUGCCAAGCGAGUGCGAGGCGCUCACACUGAAGCAGGCAGAGGAAACAGCUACAGCAACAGCACGCUCCUUCCCCGUGCUCUCUCUUCUAUCCUCUAAUCCCACAUCCAUGCCGGGGAGAUGGAGGGUGCCCUGACCCACUAGAGGAGCACCGUCUUUGGGAGGAGGGAAAAUCUCAGCGACCCCCUUCUCUCCAGUGAAUGCCUGGAUCAUUUUUGGAGGGGACAAUCAACAAGAAGGAGUGAAAGGAGGUGUGUACCCACGAGCCCGUCGGCAGGAGGGAGGGUGAAGAAGAGGAAAAGAGGGGGAUGAGUGGCAGGGUUGGCUCAGCAGCUGAUGCCCGGGACUGAGAGAGAGACAGAGACAGACUGAGGGGGAGCUGAGGAGCAAAGGGCUGGCACGUGUAGAGUGCUGUGUGCAACUUGUUGGCUGAGAGGAAAGGAAAGGAAAAAUCAAAUACACACACACAGCUGGACAGAUGAGGAGGUAUCCGGGAGCACGCUUCAGUCCUUGGUGCAUGGUGCAGUGACCCUGUCUACAACAGGCGAGGAGUCAGAGGACCAGGGCCAUGAUUGGCUCUCCUGGCCCUGGUGGGCGUGCCUUAGUGCCAUGUCUGAGGGUGUGGAGAUGGAUCCUGGGUGCUUCUCUGGUCGCCACAAUAACCAUGACGCUACCAGGAAGUAGUCAGGCCUGUCCCCCAAGGUGCGAGUGCUCGGCUCAGCUGAGGUCAGUGUCGUGCCAGCGGAGGAGGCUCACCAACAUACCAGAGGGCAUUCCCACCGAGACACAGCUUCUGGACCUCAGCAAGAACCGGCUUCGCUGGGUGCAAGCAGGUGAUCUGGCACCUUACCCACGUCUGGAGGAGGUGGACCUCAGUGAGAACCUCAUCGCCACAUUGGAGCCUAAUGCCUUCGCCACCCUCCAGAGUCUGAAAGUGUUGAAGUUGAGGGGGAACCAGUUGAAGUUGGUGCCAAUGGGGGCCUUCGCCAAGCUUGGUAAUCUGACCAGCCUUGACCUCAGCGAGAACAAGAUGGUGAUUUUAUUGGACUACACCUUCCAGGAUCUGAAGAGUCUGAAACAUCUGGAGGUGGGAGACAAUGACCUGGUUUACAUAUCCCACAAGGCAUUUUCAGGGCUGGUGGGUCUUGAAGAUCUCACAAUAGAGCGAUGCAACCUGACGUCGAUCUCAGGUCAGACGCUAUCUUACCUCCGCAGCCUGGUCACUCUCCACCUGCGUCACCUCAGCAUCACUGCCCUGGAGGACCAAAACUUCCGCAAGCUCUCCAACUUGAGAGGUCUGGAAAUCGAUCACUGGCCGUACUUGGAGUACAUCUCCCCUCUAAGUUUCCAGGGCUUAGAUCUCCACUGGCUCUCCAUCACCAACACCAACAUCACCUCUAUCCCCUCCGCUUCCUUCAAGAACAUGGUGCACCUCACCCACCUCAACCUUUCCUACAACCCCAUCCCCUCACUGGACCCCUGGGCAUUCAAGGACCUGCUGAGGCUGAAGGAGCUCAUCAUGGUGAACACAGGGUUGGUGACAGUGGAGCUCCACGCACUCGGAGGGCUCCGGCAGAUCCGGGUCCUAAACUUCUCCUCCAAUGACCUGCAGACUUUAGAAGAGGGCUCCUUCCACUCUGUCAACAGUCUGGAGACCCUCAGAGUGGAUGGGAACCCCCUCCUGUGUGACUGCCGUCUGUUGUGGAUCCUGCAAAGACGCAAGACCCUCAAUUUUGACGGCAGAGUGCCCGUGUGUGCAGGGCCGGUGGAGGUGCAGGGGGUCAGCCUUCACACCUUCACCGAUUCUGCACUCUUCGAUCACUUUACAUGCCAGAAACCUAAGAUACGCAACCGUAAGAUGCAGCAGGUAGUCGCUCGUGAGGGUCAGCCAGUGAAUUUUCUGUGUCGAGCGGAAGGAGAGCCUGCUCCUGCUAUUGUCUGGAUUUCCCCACAGCGCAGGCGGAUCACAGCUAAGAAUUCAGGGCGCAUUACUGUUCUCCCCAGUGGCACGCUGGAGAUCCGCUAUGCCCAGCUUACUGACAGCGGGACAUACAUCUGCAUCGCAAGCAACGCUGGAGGCAAUGACACAUACUUUGCAACACUGACAGUGCGUGGCCAGCCACUAGAUCCAGCCUCAGCCUUCUUUCUCAAUCGCUCGCUGUACAGCGGCGAGUUCUUCAACGACACAAAUAUGAACAGCACACGAGUUUUCCUCAAGUUCACCUUGGACCUGACCACCAUUUUGGUCUCCACGGCAAUGGGUUGCAUCACCUUCCUGGGCGUGGUCCUCUUCUGUUUCCUGCUGUUGUUCGUGUGGAGCCGGGGACGCGGCCAACGCAAGAACAACUUCACAGUGGAGUACUCUUUCCGGAAAUCUGAACCCGCCGGCACUGGCAGCUCCUCAGGAGGGACCAGGAAGUUCAACAUGAAGAUGAUAUGAAACAACGCAGCCAGGGGUCCCUCGGGGGAGGCAUGAGCACGUCCCAAAAACGUGUUUGACACACGCAAACGCACACAGCCACUGACUUGCAAAGAAGUUUGAAAGCAUUACAUCAGUUCCUCUCUCUUUGGCUCUAUUCAAAAUUGAGCUCCCACAUCAAAAGUGAGGCCAUGACACAAUUUGGUUUUAUUUGUGAGGGAAAUCAAAUUGACCCUGAUUUGUGUGCUUCUCAGCGGUUUGAUUCAGCAUGUGGUGAAAAGCAUGUUUUAAGGAUACUGUAGACUUGUCAUCCAUGCUAGAUACAAACAAAAGAGCUAAGAAUGAUUAAGAUCAGUUCUUGUAAAUUGGCAUGAUUGAGCUCUUGCACACUGGUAGCCCUGUGUCUCUUACAUUUUUAAGAAACUGAAAGAGAAUUCUCUUUUAUUUAAACACUCCCAUUUCUGUAUUUAUACUGCAUUUACAGGGACUCUUAAGAAAUGUACAGCAGGUACCAGAAGUAUCCCUAUUUAUGAAAAUCUUAGAAGUGCUUUACAUAAGUCUGCCUGUUAAGAAUAAUGCAUGUAGAUAUGAAGUUCAAAGUUAAGUUGUAAAUUUAUACCACUGAAUAAAACAAGAUGUCUGAAAAGUAGUUUGAAUAUGUUUUCUAUAAAACAUAUAUCAGUCAGCUUUAUUUAUUCUGACCAUGGCUGAACAAUGAGGAUGCUUCUCAGUUGUUUUAAUGAGCUAAAGCUCAGUGGAUGUAAAACACAAUCUGAUUAUAAUAUCUGAGAAGAAGCAACUGAUUUGGAAAAUUAACAUAAGUUACAAAGAGACGAAUAACACGAUUUGAACUUUUCUUCUUUGUGAGAUUUUGCAACAACGUCAGCUGUGUGAGUUUGGGAUGAGCCCACCGGCUGAGCUGCCGUGGCUGCCCGUGAGCCAGAGGGUUUGGUUAGGAAGUCAAGCCCUCUGAACAUGGACAGCCACAGUAACCAUAGCAACCAACACAAGGGAGAGCAAGGCUGGUGGCCACAGGAGGGUUUGCUGGGUGGAGGGGGAUUGAGGGGGGGUGGUCAGUGUGACCUCUCCUUCCUCUCCUCUACAUCAGAAGCCCAAUUCUUUCAUCAGCGGGAUGGGGCUAACCUUCCAGCCUCACCUUCUGUCUGUGCCCUCUCCUGUAUUGGUUGGGUGCCUGACCUUCCCAGUGCCGCCAGGGGGGAGCGGCCUUGAGGGUCGGGUCAUACUCAGAGGCAGACAGAGGACACAGUAAAACCACACACUCAUCCUGCCAGUAGAAAACACACUCACACACACAUGUAUAGCACAUUUUCUCAGGAAAAGUUAAACGGCAACCAUCCUGAACAAGUGUGAACACACAUACUGAUAUUUGUUCAAAUACAACAUUCCAGCAAUACUAUUUGUAGAGCCAUAAAGCUGAUGUUCAUUCUUUAAUAGAGAACUGAUGUAAAUGUCUGAGUGAUGAAACGAAGCCAUAGUUUGUGUAGGUUGUUUUUUAUACAGUAGUGUGUGCAUGACUCUGUUAUAUAAUAACAAUUAUUUCUACUGCCAUUGUAAUACAAGCUGUCGUGAUGAUCAAAGACCAUCUGCUGUCAACUGGGCUUGCAUAAAGUUGCACCUGAAAACACACACACAGAGGGUAAUCCUUUGGCAUGCAUUAACAUCUGGUAAAACCAAGUCAGUGUUAUUUGGAUUGAUAGGGACACCAAAUCACAGUUACACAUGAAUGAACAUAGAAACUGAUGAAGCGCCUCUACAGUGAUUCCCUCUCUCUGUCUCUGAGAUGGUCGGUGUGCGAAUGUCUCUGCCCCCCUAGCCCAGUGCAUCCCCCCUCCUAAGCCCCACCUUCCCCAAUACACACCUACCCCCACUGGGUCCUCCUUUGGGAGGGGUCCCUGGCUGGAGAUCGAGGAAUCAAAUGUAAAUGAAGUCGUGUUAACCCUACCCACGCCAUGUGCAUCGUAUAGUGGAGAGUAGUACUGUGGUUUUAAAAAAACAAAGUACUUUCUUUUAAGUGUUAUGUUGACUCUUGUUUGUCCUUUUUAAUUUCCUCAGUUGUUGUUCUCUGUGACCUUUUGGCCGUUUACCAUUUUAAACUUCUUCGUCCUCCGUGAGGUAUUGUUCUGUUCUCAGCACCUGAUGACAUUCCCAAACACGAGACGGCAGGUGAGCUUGUUCAUUUCUCACCUUGCAUAUCAACUGAAACCAGGCAGAGCAAUGUUUUGACCAAGAAACAAGACAUGGUCUAAAACAGUGCUUCCUAACAUAGUUUCUAGAUUUCAUAAGUUGGUUAAUUGGAUAAGAAAGAUUUUUCCAAACAUUUUCAAUACAAAGUGGAUAGUUGCGUCAUAAAUUCAAUGGUAGCCUUGUUGAACUUUAGUGUCCACUAAGUAGACAUUUUUGCAUCCCUUACUUAAACCUUGUUCCAACACAAAACUAGUUCUACACAGAUAACUUAUUGAAGCCUCUGGAAAUUUGGCUUGAAAUGUUAAAAUGAAAUGAUGCAAUGCAAAUGAAUGGUUGAAAACAAAGUCAAACAUCUUAUUGAACAUCUAUUAAAAUCAUAAAAGAGACUAAACUAGGGAUAGACCGAUUAUAGGCGCCGAUAUUCCGGCAUUUUGACGCAUAUCGGCAUCUGCCUUUUUAAAAAAAUUGACGGCCAAUAAGAGAUCAAUUUAAAACUGGGUUAUUUUGGCUCUGAAGCAGCCGCACAACAAGGUCACUCCAUACACCUGAACUGAAGUGAGUGCUCGGGUCGGAAUUUUUCAAAAUUCUCUAAAUCACGUGGCAGAAAUGACACCGUCUGCACAAAGUUAAGUGUUGGAGUUUGUAGUAUUCAAAAUUUUGAUGCCAAUAUUUCCCUUUUUACUGAGAAUGAAUAUCGGCUCCAAAUAUCAGUUAUCGGCCUCCCUGACUACUAAUAAUCGGUAUCGGUAUUGGCCCGAAAAAACCAUAUCGGUUUAUCUCUAGACUAAACCUUCAAAAUCUUUAGAAAACCCAGAUCAAAAACACCUCAGUUUACUGUUUGGACUAUUCCACUAUACUUUGCAUCUGAAUGCCUCCACACACAACAGUUGGUCAGGACUUUACCUGUGACUGGAUCGUGGAAUAAAAUGCAUCAUAAAUAAUAAAGCCCCAUUCAAACCAAAUAUCCAGAAAGUUGUAAGAAACUCUUACGAUAAUAGUUUUUUAAUUGGAUUGGAACUAAAACUUUCUACAUUCAAAUUAAUAUUUACAUAAGAACCUUUAUUGCAUAUACUUGGAGGGCUACAGUUGGUUUGGGUUUACUUAUGUUUCAAUAUUUACUCAGUAACAGCAAUGUGUUAUCCUCUCUUAGAUUACUGUACUACUGACAGUGCUAGCUUGCAAAUAAUCAUUAUGAUCUAUUUACAGUGAAACAGUCAAAUAGGGGCAUUUCAGACAGGACACUCAAUCCUGAAACAAUAUGCUUAAAGUAUUUGGAGUUGGCAGUACACUCUUGUUUAUCUUCAGAUUGUAUAAAUCUUUCACCUUUUACUAAAGUUUCCUUGGAGAGGAAUAACAAGAGUUCAAUCUAAUUUUUGAUGCCCUGCUUUACUGUGGGGCUUUAAAAAAAAAAAGAAAUAUAUAUAUUUGGAGUCGGUAUCAUUUUACAAUCCUUUACAUCCCUGUUUAUUAUGCUAACAACGUCACGUUAGCAUAGUUGACAUUUAAGGUAAUAUGCUAAUAUUGCCAAAUUAGCUUAACCAGAUAUUUGUAGAUUACUCAAAACUGCAGAAUUGAAAGCACUUUAUUAUGUGAAUGCAUGAAUACAACAAAGUGUAAACUUCACAAUGAGGGACUGAGAGUUCAAUUUUGGCAUGACCAAAAUGCCCCUAGUGGCUGUGCUAUCGGUGCGUGAGUGGGAUGAGCUAAUACUGGUGGGCUCUUUACAUAGCAGCCUCUGCCUUCAGUGUAUGAAUGUGGUGAAUGUGACAUGUAAUGUAACAGCGCUUUGAGUGGUCAGGAGACUAGAGAAAGCGCUAUAUAAACACAGUCCAUUCUUACCAAAAAGCACUUUUUUUCUUUACACAAAGAGACUGCAGUUAAUAUCCCAGGUGAAAAAAAGAGUCAACGGUGAAAACAUUUAUGUUUUUCCCUAACCUAGCUAAAAAGUUUUGGUGCCUGAACCUGACCAAAGUGAUACUGUUUCCCACUUUGGUGAAAACAUCAAUGUGUUUGACCAAAAUUGUACGCAACAAAACGUAUACUAUCAAUAAACAGGGCUCCACGCACAGCGUUUUCCCUCAUAAUCAAAAGUAUCAUACUUUCAUAACGGGCUCUGAAUUUUUCACUUUACCUUUCUGCUGUCGUCUUAAAGGCUCUCUGGCUUUUCUUUUGAUGCAGUCACAAAAGAUAGUAGCAUUUAAAUGACAAUACUUUAAAAGCAAUGCUGUCAAGAAGAAAAUAAAUUUUGUGUCCAUAAACAAAUCUAUAAAAUACAUUUUGGAUCUUUUGCACUAACUGCCAUGAUACUCCUGAUGAGUUUCAUUGGCAGCCUGAUUUACUGAAGCACUAGUUAAAAUAGUCACUAGAAACAUAAGAGUUACUGUGCAAAAAAAACAAGAGUCAUUGAUAGCACAAACUGCUUAUGUCAGCUCAGCAACAUACAAAGUAACAGAAUAUGAAUUUACAGAAAGCUGUUGCUAUUCAACUUAUUGAACAGCGGAGUGUUUUGUUGCUUCAUUUUUAAGGACAAACUCCUAAAUUGAGGCUGCAACAUUGACAAUCUGGUAGAUGUACGUAUAUCUCAAAUCAUUAAAACUUCUGCAAAAUGAAUCCUGCUAACUCCAUUUCCUUUCCUCGUGAGGGGCUGAUGAAACCACAGCUUGGUGUCAGGAUGAAUAGCUGAACGGCUGUAAAAGAUUCAUGAGUCUAAAUGAGAAUAGAUGUAUAAAUUGGCCUGGUUUUCACACUGCCUUUCACAGUGUUAGCGACCAUUGCUGUGUUGAGAACAGGAUGUUGCCUUCACGGACGUCUCUCUCCCAUAGCCAACCGUUUUGUGUUUUCAUUCCCUGUAUUUCUCAGUAAAAACUAGGUUUUAGCAGACAGAUUGUCUGAAGUGAUUGUUGAUGGUGUCAUUGUGUAAACAUCAAUCACAAAUGUAAGCGUAGAUGAGGGUGUGUUUCAUUUUAUAUUCUUCUUCUCCUCCUCCUCCUCUUUACCUCCCUUUUCCCUAUCUUCUUAACAUUUCCUAGCCCUGUUGUCCCUGUUCACAGUAUUAGGCUGGAAUAUGGUUGUGUGGUAGUAGACACGUGUUCCGUCUGGUCAGUGAGUAAGUGUUGUCGUGUUAUGAUUUGUCGCUCCUUGUGAUUCCAUCGUAACAGGGAGCAGCGACUGGAUCAGUUGAGUCAAAAGAUGAAAGGGGUGACCCAGGUUCCCGAUUCAAAAAACAGAAAAACAUUGGUUCCCAUCUCACAACCUACUCAUCCCCCUCAGAAGAAUUUCUGGAACUUUCUCACUCUGCACAGUGCUGGUAUGGAUAUGAAAACCCAUGGACUAUACUGUAUGUAUUUUCUCACAUGAUAUCUUGUCACUUUUUAUCUGCUGAUGUAGAAAGGUGGGAUUGGUGUGCUGUUGUAAUACCAUGACUAUGAGCCUACACUCACUUCUGCCUGCUGUGGUAUACUGAGUCAUUUGACAAGGAUUAGCAUAAAAUCAGUCUCUUCACUAAAAUCUGAAAUUUUGAUGUUGGUCAGGGUUGAAAAUAAGCGCUUGCAUUGAUUUGAGGCCUCACAAGCCUUUAAAUCUAGACAAACUCAUUUACCUUCAGGCUGAAUGCUCUGGCUGUAGAAGUUUCUCCCACUUUCAUAAGGUUUAAGGUUUUCCAUCAAACAUUUCAAUGGUUUGAACUGACACUUAGCCAAAUGAUUGUUUAGAAGCUCUCUUUUUUCAACAAAAAGUGCCAGUGCACACAGCUUUGCAGCCAAUCAAUUGCCUCCAUCUGUCAGACAGACUCUUCUGUUAGCAGAUACCAAAGGAGCUGAGCUUGAUUCAUCUCCUCUGCUGUUGUACUUAAGAAACUAGGCUGAGCGAUCCCCUGCUCCCUCCUCCUGUUUGUCCUUGCCUCGGGUUGGUGUACUGUAGUCUAGACGCCCCAUUUACAACAGCAGCAGCAGCAGCAGCAGCAACAACCUCCUAUUAGGAAUCCACCACUGGGGAACUCUUCAAAGAAGCAUGCCAAAAUAAAACAUACCCUAAGACGCAAAUAAUCAUAGCAUCAUCGCCAGAUAAACCUUGAAUCUUUUUUAUCUAGCAGUCAUUUAAAGCAGGCUGUGCUUUCAGUUCUCUUAUAUCUGGUGAGGAAUGACACACUUUGGUCUAACCUUUCAGCAUGUGUGUCCACAGGCUUGUUUUCCGUCAUUUCUGACUCUGUAUUAGCUCUAAAUGAAUCCAUCUUCCACUCCAUACUCUGCAGCUGCUGUUGUGAUUGGAUUAGACCUGAGUUGAAUUAUCAGAGCAGAGAGGAGCAGUAAUGGGAUGACUGUGGCGUGAGCUCAGCUGAUUGGGUGAUUACGUGGCUUAUUAGUCUCAUUUCCAAAACAGACUUCUCAGAGCAGUGUGUUAUUCCACCACUAUUUUAUUUAUAUGUAGGCCUUUUUCAGAGCUGAUUGAUUGAAAUGCAACCUGUGAUGGUUUCUUUAAUUGGACAAAGAUGCUUCUCUAAAACAGCUUUUCUUUGGUUGGUAUUUUGUUGUAAUUGGACAUUUAACAGAGCAGUGCUGAAGGAUCUUUGAAAGCACCUUAGACAAAUGCUUCAUCUUAACCUUGACCAGACAAUUACAAGUGCCCCCCUUCUCUACGUGACAGUACUGACCCCAAGUGGUCACGGUGUGUAACAGCACCAAAUGGGACCAUUCUGUUGAUGUUGUUAGUUUUGUUGGUGUUGAGAAAACACAGAAACAACAGCUCUGGGUGUCAUACAGUGAAACCUUGAAGAGAGAAUAUUGACUGUUAGCUUCAUAAGUCAGUGCUACACUGAUUGUCUUAUAGCCAUAGUGUGACGUCCUUUAGACUCUCACUUGGGGUUGUCAUGAGAGGCCUCCAAACCCACAGUUCUGGCUUGAUUUUCUUGGACUCAGUAGAUGAAACAAAUACUUUUAGAUGCUCUCUGCCAGUUUCACCACCAUCGCAUCAAAACAAUAAAACAUCAUGAUUAAAAGUCACAGUAUCAUUCUCUGGCUGUAAUUGACUGAGAGAUAACUUGUCAAUUCCUCUGUAGAGAAGAAAAAAUAAAUAAUUAAUUAUUUUGGUCUUAGCAGGUUUAAUCUAUGCAUGCCUUUUGUAUACAGUGAUUGGUCUUGCCAGACUCACCUACAACUGUAUGGAGAGCUAUGGGUGCCAAUGUUGAUGGCCAUGGGACUGGUUGAAACAAAAAUAAAAAGUUUUUUUUUCUAAUCUAAGUUUGCGCCAUCUGCUUGCGCCUGCAUUCCCCCGUAUUUCAGAGUGCGUGUCCUUUAAAAGAAGCCUUUGUUUACUUGGGAUGAUUGUACUUUUACACAUAUCUAUCCACACAUGGAGGAUCAGCUCCAAUGUGUAAGCAGUAGAUAAAAUCAUUGAUAUUCCAAGCAGCGUGGUGGAACUGAUCAAUGCUGUAUGGGGAUAGGAUUAUUAAUGGCAUACUUCCAUUGAUCUAUCUUGAACCUUGUCACUCUCCCACAAUCCCUCUGGAGUAGGAGGGGGCAUACAGAGCUCUGUCAGAACUGGUUGGCACUCAUUCCUAGGUUUCCAUAUUACCUUUUAAGAGGAUUUCCCUCAUUUAAGGACGAGAUGGUGCCAGACUUUGACAAUUUUUCCAGGUCUGAACUAAUGUAGCGCUCUCGUACCUCCCCAACUCUUUAGAGGAAGCUUUUAUAGGUAUGGCUUAGCUCUGUAUUUGUUGGAGCCUUCUAAUGGAAAACAUUGAAAUUUAUGUCUACAAUUUGGUUUAGAUAUCUGUGUGUCUGUGUGUCUGUGUGUCUGUGUGUCUGUGUGUCUGUCUGUCUGUCUGUCUGUCUGUCUGUCUGUCUGUUUCCUCUCUUCUUUUUCUCUCAACCUGGCACCAACCUUGUUAAACAUUGUUCACAGAUAACUUUUAUUUUUUGACAAAUUUUUCAAAUUUGUUCAUCCUUGUUGAAACAAUCAUUAAUGACUCUUGAAACCUAGGAGUGGGUGCUGAGUGCUCCAUUAAAUGCAGAACUAACAUAAAGACAGGUUGUACAGCUUGUCAGAUUGAAUGGUGUGAUCAAACAUUAAAGCAUAUGGCUGGUUCAUAAAAGAGACUGUUACACAGUAAGUACCAAAUUGGAACUCAAGUACAUCUAACUGAACCCAAUUCAUAGUAUUUACAGUUUGCACCAUUGUGGAUCCUUGGAUGUGAAGAGCAGAAACUGUACAUAUUAGAUCUAUUAGCCAUAUCAUGUCAUCCAAUCUGUAGACCUCCUUGCCAUGUCUGACAGAGGAAAAUGACUGUUGAACUGUAAAUAGUGUAGGUAUAGUAAUAUAGGAUAUAACUGCUGUUUCUUUCUCCAGGGAUCGCCCAUGUUUUGCUCAGUCCCAUGGCUGCUUGGUCUCAGAGGGAAGGACGAGACAAUUAUGUACUUGUCUAUAAAACACAUGGGUUCUUUUUUUAUUUCAAAGUAUGUUUUAUAAACUGUCUGUCUUGUAAAUGAACUCCUUUUCGUCAUAAAAGCAUGAUGUGACU